AUGGGUCCAUGGUCAGAUGAUGCUUCAAUUGGUAUAUCGUUAUUUGUUGAUAGUAAAGAUCAUGGAGUGAUUAUAGAUGAUGUUGAUAUCAAUGGUUCUUCGGUGGAUGGAGUGGUUAAAGCCAUCAAUAGUGUUGUUUUGAAGAAUGCUCCUAGCAAUCUAAAAUUAACAGCUCAUGAUAUUCAAAAUGACAUUAUAAGUGCUACAACAAUUGAGACAACAAAGGCAAUUAUUAAUGAGUUAGGAGAUGAUUUAUUUGCAAUCUUGGUAGAUGAAUCUCGUGAUGUCUCAAAUAAGGAACAAAUGGCUCUUGUUUUGCGUUACAUGAAUAAUAGAGGUUGUAUUGUUGAACACUUUUUAGCUAUUGUUCAUGUUUCUGACACUACUGCAUUGUCACUCAAAGAAGCAAUUGAGUCUAUGUUCUCUAAGCAUGGAUUAAGUUUAUCAAGAUUACGUGGACAAGGUUAUGAUGGAGCUAGCAACAUGCGGGGUGAAUUUAAUGGUUUGAAAUGUUUAAUUUUGAAGGAAAAUGAGUUUGCCUUCUAUAUUCAUUGCUUUGCAUAUCAACUUCAAUUAACUCUUGUAGCAAUUGCAAAAAAUGAAGAUUCCGUUGCCUCACUUUUUCAGAAUGUUGGUUGUUUACUUAAUAUUGUUGGAGCUUCAUGUAAGAGGUAUGAUAUUCUUAGAGAAAGUCAAGCUUCUAGAGUUGCCGAGGCUCUAAAAAAUGAUGAGCUUGCAAGUGGAAAAGGCUUUAACCAAGAAAUUAGUCUUAAACGUGCCACUGAUACUAGAUGGGGUUCACAUUAUGGAACAUUACUAAACUUAAUUAUUUUGUUCCCUUCUGUGAUUGAUGUACUUGAAAAUGUUGGUGAGAAUGGUUUGAAUUCAGAGCAAAGGGUGGAAGCACAAUUCUUAUUGCAAAUGCUUAAAUCUUUUGAUUUCAUUUUCAACUUACAUUUGAUGAGAAAUGUGCUAGGCAUUACAAAUGAAUUGUCAAAGUCUUUACAAAGAAAGGAUCAAGACAUAGUUAAUGCUAUGGAGUUGGUUAAAAUAUCUAAACAAAGGCUUCAAUAA